CUGGGUUGGUCACGCAGCGUGGUCUCGUGGUGGUAUCUCUACACCGAAGAGCGAGAGCUCGAUGCCAUGAUCCUCGAGAUCAACAAUUCAUACGAUGAGAAAAGAAACAUCUUCCUGAAAGUCAGUCGGGUCUCAGAACAGCCUCUGAAAACGUCUGGAUCUUCCCAGACGGUGGAUUAUCUUGAAAACACCUAUAAAGUCCGAACCCUCCCGUCUCUGCCCCAAUCCACCUUCUACAAAGGCACCUGGACCAAGACGAUCUUUGCGUCGGUCUUCGAAAAGGUAGAUGGUCUGGUCACGAACAGGUUCAUGGACCCGUUGCAGCCGACCUCCUGGAAACCAAAUGCUUCCUUCUCCAACAUGACAACCAUAGCAGAAUCUGGAGAAGUCAAAAUGGCCACUCGCAUGACCUGCUGCGGAUCGCCUAUUGACCCGACCCAGAUGAGCUCAUUCCAACUUUUCAAAUUCCUCCUCCAAUGGACUGUCCCAGGGAUGCUCACCACGGCGCACAUUAUUUUCCAGGCUCUCCGCAUCCACUACUCCGGCUUGAUGAAGAUGAAUGUCAAGACUCCGGUCCGGACGGGAAGUGUUGCGCGCCAUGCCACCAAGACGGAAAUAGACCUUGAGCCCUUCUUCCGCGCAUAUCUCACCGGCUGCGUUGAGAAACAUCCUCAUCCCGUCGAGGUCACAUACCUCCCAUGUCGAUCAUUUAGCAACGAGACUAUUCAUUUGCGAUCUCCCUCAUGCGAGAAAGACCAUUCAAGCAUCCGUCAUGUUUCCAUCGAGCCCGCCGAUCCAGCCUUCUACACCCGAAUCAUCAACUACACCAGCAUUGAAACAGCACUAGACACCGAACUCCAAUCAACCGGCCUUCACGCUGACCCCUCCUCGCAACGACUACUGGUCUCCGAUCAAGCUCUUCUUGCCUCAAUAUUAGGAUCUCCUUCAUCCCAGAAGACAGACACUAUCAAGAUUAGAAAUAGCCCACCUGCCUUUUCCUGGUAUCAGAAAAGCACCAUCUCACCCUUCAUGGACGACUUCGUUUCCACCUCUUCAGACCCCAGUUCGCGUGCAGUCUACUUCACGAUAGCGACCAAACAACGCUUAAUAGACCGUUUCGCCCUCGGGUCUGAAACUUUGCUCGGAAUAUAUACGUUUCUCGAAUCAUGUCUCCUCAGAUGGGUGGUCCUGGAA